AAAGACUGAAACAAACGCAUUCAAGUUUUUGAAAUCACUGUCUUCGAGUCUCUCUAACGACGAAAAAUUCGACCGUUGCAACUUGCAAUUCUCUCGCUAUUCAGAAUUUUGUCGCUUCUUCCAAAUUCAAAUUCUUCACUCAGUCACUCACUCACGCUUUUCUCUGAAUUUCACGAUGCGCAAUUCCAGAAAAGCAGAACCCUCCAACGACGUCGUUUCUUCGGAACGCAGAAACUGGAGCAACAUCUUCAAAUCGCUGGUUCAGAUGGUGCGCAGUCAGCAGAACCAGCUUCACUCCUUCGCGAGCCGCCACAAGUUUCUCGAAGACCGCCUUCGAAUGCAGCACGAAGGGUGGGUCUCUGAUGUUCGAUGUCACAAGGAUCAAAUUUCUCAGAUGAAUGGGAUGUUGACGUCUGAGGAGAAGAAACGGUCGCUCGAGGUGGCAAAGGCGGAUUUUGCGCUGGGUUUGAAGCACAGAGAGGCCGCUAUGUUAAAAUGGAUUUUGGAGCAUACAGAGGAUGAGUUGGCAGAUUUUAAAGCAUGGUUUGAAAUCCUUUCUCGUAAAUCCUCUAAUGGAGAAGAUCAAGGAACAUCAUCUAAGGAUACUGACUUGAAGAAGAAAGGAAGCACAAACAGAGGGAACAAGCCCACUAGGAAUAAUACUGCAGAAAAAGAGAAGUAUUCCAGUGAAAUCAAAGAUGAAUUUAGUAGGUUAAAAGGUGAGUAUGAUAAGCUUGCUUUAGAAAAAUAUUCGGAGGUGACGGCACUCUUGGCAGAAAAGAAAUUUGUGUGGAAUCAAUAUAACAUAAUGGAGAAUGAUUACGCUGAUAAAUUAAGGACUAAAGAAGCUGAAGUAGAAAAAGCAAAUGAAAAGAUAAAGGUACUUGUUUCUAGCAUGGAGCAGCUACAGUCUGAAAAAUAUGAAAAGGAUAGUAAAAUAUCAGAAUUACAAAGUAAAAUGGCUGAGAUGGAAGCUGAGACAAAAAGAUUAAACAAAGAAAUAUCUGGACUUUCAGUGGAGUUGGAAUCUUUAAGAAAGUUCAGGAACAACCAAGUUACACCACCUGUUUUAAAUCAUUGCACACAAGGAACUAAAGCACCUGAGUCAGGAGUUGUUAAGAGCAACAGAAGUAGAAGAAAUAUGACUUCCAAAAAAGAAAUAUGUACUCCCAAUGCACCGGUUCCAGCCAAAUCCUCUGAAACGGGGACAAAAACAAAAAGCAUGAAGAGGAAAGAGGCUCCAGUUAUUCCCACCUCUGAUACUCCAAAGCUGUUCUCUUCCAGCUUCAAGGUUCCAAAACUGAAGUCCUCUGUAAGGGUCACAUGACACCUUUCCGAUAACUUUAGUGAGUUACUUAGGAUAUGUCAGUCUUGUAUACAUGGCUUUUGUAUUAUAUGCUCCUUGUGUAAACUAUGUAUUAUGUAUGAGCUUUCUGUUAGGUAUUGAUUCAUUCUUGGCCCUUCUAAUUAGAAAUAUUUGGUGUAAUGCAAGUUUGGAAUAGAUUCCAAUUUUUAGGUUAAUUAAGUAACAACCUUUAAUUUGGACAA